GUUUACGUUAUUUAAUGCCGAACACUUCCUGGUUCCCACAAAUCAAGUUAUACCGAUUUAAUUACGUCACUUGUUUUUUAAAGGGACAGUUUCAUCUCCAAACAGCCCCGCUUUAGGUCACGUGGUCAUCAGCUGGUCCCAAACCACGCCCACCGUUUGGCCCGAUUCCUCGCCGGCUGACUGUAAAGGAGUGCACCCUAUGAGGCUGAGUUGUGAACUGGUUCGACUGGACUGGCGGUGACACCCUCACCGAGCAGACCCACAGAUGAGCACCGGAACUCGGAGAUGAGGCCGCUGUAGGUUCGGAGAGUCCGGUUCGACGGAAACCAUGAGGGCCGCCGCGGUGGCGUUUUACGGGGCGGCUCUGGGGCUGCUGCUGGUCGGCCUGCGGGAGCUGUUGACCGGCUUCGAGGAGAACCGAUGCAGCAUGACCUACAUGUUUGAGUACCCGGAGUACCGGCGUGUGUCUCUGCCCAGACGCGUGGCCAGACUUUACCCGGCAUACGGCCUCUACCUCUACGGCGAGGGCCUGUACGCUCAGGAGACCCGGGCGCUCAAACUCAGCGGCGCGCCCGUCCUCUUCCUGCCCGGAAACGCCGGCAGCUACAAGCAAGCUCGCUCUCUGGGCUCAGUGGCCCUGAGGAAGGCGGAGAACAUGGAGGGCGGCGUCCAUCUCAACGUCUUCACCGUGGACUUCAACGAGGAGCUGGUGGCGCUUUACGGCGGCAGUUUGCUCCGGCAGACCCACUUCCUGCACGAGAGCAUCAAGGCCAUCCUGCGCCUGUACAAGCAGCUGAAGACUCCGCCCCAGAGCGUGGCGCUGGUGGGCCACUCCAUGGGGGGCGUGGUGGCCCGGGCGCUGUUCACGCUUCCCCGCUUCAACCCUCACCUGGUCAGCCUCAUCAUCACUCAGGCCUCGCCCCACAUGGCCCCGGUUCUGGCCCUGGACCCGUACCUGCUGGAUUUCUACACGGCGGUGCGGCAGAAGUGGGUGAAUCAGGCGGCCCAGCUCAGGAACAUCACCGUGCUGUCGGUGGGAGGCGGUUACCGUGACUACCAGGUCCGGUCGGGGCUGACGUCCCUGCCCUGUCCCCCAGGAGACCCCAACAAGCUGUCUCUGGUGGUGACGGCAGUUCCCCGGACCUGGGUCUCCACCGACCAUCUCUCCAUCGUCUGGUGCAAAGAGCUGGUCCUCGCCACGGUCAGGGCGUUCUUUGACCUCAUCGAUGCCCAAACCAGACAGUUUACAGAUGAUCCAGAGAGGAGGCGGAGCAUCCUGAACCAUCACUUCAUCAGACACCCCGUCAGGAUGCCGAGAGACGUCCAGGACACGUCCGUCCCCAUCCUGGAUGUUCCUGAAGCCUGGAGUGAAGUGAACUCUCUACGUCUGUCCUACAGAACCCCGAAGGAAGGACAACUGAAGUACUUCCUGUUUGCUCUGCCCAGUCGGCGGAACGCCUACAGUCAUUUCUACUGCCGCAGCAACAACCUGGAGACGAGCAGCUGGGUUUUCGGCUGUCUCCAUGGCAACGCCUCCUCCUGCGGCCGCGCCGUGGACCUGUCCAUGGGAACCGAGCUGCUGCCAGCCUAUAAGGUUCUGGUUCUGAGUCUCGCCGACUUGUCCUCCUUCACUCAUCUGGUCGUUUCUGCCUCCAACCUCAACAGCAAACAGUUCACGGUGGAGUGCGAGUGGCAGAGAGAAGAGUCUCUGACCCGGCCCGUCUCUGUGCCUCAUGUCCUGUCCUUCGGUUUUCAGGCCAGUGAUGUCACAGUGAACUCCUCUGGACUUCUUCACAACAUCCAGCUGCUGCACUUCCACCAGGUCUACCAGGCCUUCCGGAUCAGCGUGGUGAGUCACUGCAGAGGGACCAGAGACAGGCUGCCCGGUGUGUACCGCAUGCGGGUCCCCUGGUUCCGGGAGGAUUCCUUCACCACAGCCAGCGCGCCGUCUGCCACAGAGAUGUCAGGGAUGCUUCACACCAGUCGCCCUGACAACAGCUCCAGUGUGCUGCUGCAGCUCCACACCGCCCCCAACUGCCAGUACAAGGUGUCGGUCAGAACCUCCUUCCCCAAGGUGCUGGGACAGGUCCUGCGGUUCUGCGGGCCGCUGGUUCCGGUCUACACGGCUGUAGCGCUGCUCCUGGCCUGCGGGGGGCAGCUGUCCUCCAUCCUGGCAUCGGGCCGAGCAGCAGACAUGAGCGAGGCGGUGGGCGGGGCGCUGCAGCUGCACAAGGUCAACCUUCCUGUUUACCUGCUGCACAUCCUCCUCAGCUGCUGUCGGGACCUCCUCCCCCCGGAGGACGCCCUGCCCCCCACCCCGCCUGACGAGGCGCUUCCUGAGUGGGCGGAGUCAGGGGAGGAGUGGCGCCACCUGCUGGCGCCGCUGCUGUACGUGCUGGGGGCCACCGUGGCGUUCUGGGCCAGCGCUCUGCUGCGCCUGCUGGUCCGGCUCGCCUCGCUGCUGCUGGCGCCGCUGCACAGGCCGUCCGUCUCCAGAGGCGCCGGGACGCUGCGGCUCCGGACCCGCCUCCUCCUGGCCGUCUGCCUGGCGGCGGCCGGAUCCACUUCCUGUGGCGCUCUGGCCAUCGCCGCUGCCAGCCUGCUGCACCUGAACCGGGUCCUCCGGCUGCAGAUGACGGAGCGAUCUCUGAGCCACAUGUUGAACCUGGCGCCACGGAAACAGAAACCGGCCGCCAACGGGGCGCCGGAGGCCGGCGAGCACGGCCUGCUGUCAGAGGGCGCCCUGCAGGAAGUGAGGGACGACCUGCAGCUGCACCUCAGCCUGGCGGCGCUGCUGCUGCUGCCCGCCAUGCUCAGCGCGCCGUCGCUGCUCCACUGGAGCCGCAGCCUGAGGUUCUGCACCCGGCUGGACCCGGAUCCCUGCUGGCUUCACUCCGUGCCUCUGGUCUGCGUCUCCCUGCUGCUCAUCAACUGCAACACGCUGCAGCUCAGCAACAGCCGACUGCUGCCUCUCGUCUCCUGCCUCCCGCUCCCAUUGGCUGUCACCAUGGCAACCUUCUCUUCACUCCACCUGUACAGAAUUGUCUACUUCCUGUCGGCGGUGCUGGUCCCCCUGGGCGUCUGCUGCGUCCUCUGAUGGCCCGGGAACCGACCCGCCGGCCGUCCUGCCUUAUCGCUCUGCCUUCAGGGAGUCAGCAGGGGGCGCCGUUCUGACGAGGAGGGGGUUCUGAUGGACCGCCUGCCGCCGGAGCCGGUCAUGUUUACAUUCAUAGUCCUAGAAGCAGAGCAGCAGGGUGGCGUUAGAGAGGUUCGGUUCGUUCCUGGGUUCAUGUCAGGGUUCUGGGUCAGAGGUCAGGGUUCUGGUUGUGGGUCAAGCUCUGAGGCGGCGGUUAGGAACCCAAAAGUUCAAAUAAAUUCUUCAGAACCUGAAACGUUUUCUCCUCUUCYGGGUCGGUGGCCUCGCAGACGGCGCCGCCCCUUAUUGGGCUUUAACGAACCUCCAAAGGGUCAAAGGUCACGUCAGCCGGGUUCCAGCUGAUGGUGCAGAGGUGGAACCCGCAGCAUGACGCUGCCACCACCAUGUCAUCUCCUGACCCAAUCAGCUCAGACCAGAGGGCAGGGUCAAAGGUCAGGACCUCACUCUGCUGCCAGAACAACCACCACUUCCUUCAGCCUGAUGGUGACCCUUCAGAAUAAAAGCCUUUUUCAUCCCAUCUUCAUGGUUCUGGUUCUGGUUCUGGAUCCUGGUUGUUAUAUUUUCCUCUCGGUGUUUCUGGUUGCCAUGGAGACCAUCAGAACCGACCCAAAAGGUCCGACUCUGCUGCYUUAUUGCGUCUAAUGGUAAACCAUCAGCAUCGCUGAUUUAUUGACUGAUUAUUUAUUGGUGAUUGAAAUGAAGUCCAGAACCAGAACCGGUCCAUCAGAACCUCUCUAUCCGGGUCUCUGCUGGCUCGGUUCUGUGUGAUGUGGACCUGCUUCUGCUGACACCAAGCAGGGAGAGAAAUGAUUUGUUUUUAUUGAUUCGUUCACGCCUUUAUUGUGAAGAGCUUCCUGUGUUUUAAGCUGAAAACAGGAAGUUGAUGCUUUGUGGGUUUUCUGAACUUUUUGUUGCCAAAAGUGAUUUUAUUUCUUUAUAUUCAAGCUGAUAAAACGGAGAAUCAAUCAUAAAAUUCAUAUUUAACAUUUUCAACAUUAAGAUGCAGAAAUUAGAAAUGUUUAAAUGUUGACGGUUGAGAUAA